UGCUAGUGGUGCUAGUGUGUUUAUCGUUGGUUUGUUUAUGGCGAUCGUAGUUUAUGUAUGUGAGAAUGGAUCAGGUUUUGUAAAUAAAGUGGGUUGUGUUUAAAGACAAAUAUUUGUUUUUGUGUGCACUAUUUAGAAGGCAUUCUAGAUAUAAGUGUCUCUUGGAGUGCUGUUUGUAAACACAAGAGCUAGUGUCAAAAAUGGAGGUCUCUAUGGCUCAGUAUCCUCCUGGUGAUCCAAGGCUUGUUGACAAAAUAGUUGGACAACUGAAAUCUCAAGGGAUCUUCGAUAGAUUCCGCAAAGAAUGUAUAGCUGAUGUUGAUACGAAGCCAGCCUACCAGAACCUACACCAAAGAGUAGAAACAAGUGUGUCAGCAUUUCUUGCCCAACAAGAGUGGAAAUCAGAUCUUAAUAAAAAUCAAGUGCGGGAUAGUCUGCGUAAGCAUAUUCAUGAAUCAGGGUUCCUUGACAUUGGUGUAGAGAGGAUAGUUGACCAAGUUGUUAAUCCAAAAAUUAUGCCCGUGUUCCUACCACAAAUAGAAGAUGUUGUUUACAGUUGCCUUGGGAUUGAGAAACCAAAGAAAAACAAGGAAAAUUUCAAUGUUACCAUGUGCCCUCCACCAAUACAGCAGCCUCCUGAAAAGAAACCUGAGCCCCUUCAGGUUCUUAGUGAGAUGCUUCCAAAAGAUCUGGAUCCCAUUUCUCCAGAAAGUGAUACCUUCAAAGAUGAUGACGAUGAUGUUGAUAAUGAAGAUAAUGAUAAUGAUGAAGAAGAAGAAGAAGAUGAAGAAUUGGAUAAUAAUGAUGAUGGACUAGAUAAGAGUAAAGUUACUGAAGAAGAAGAAUCAUCUCCACCAUUUGAACCAAUAGAAAGAAUACAUUCAAACCAUGAUUCAAAUGACAGCAAUUUGUCUGAUAUAUCAGGUCUCAGUAGCGAAGACAGUCAGAUUUCCGACAUUUCAUUUUCUGACAGUAAAAAAGACGUGUCUGUUCCAAAAUGUCCAGUGUCAGAUGUAGUAAGCCAGGAUAGCCAACUGUCCAAAGUAUCAUCUAACAGCAGAUUAUCUAUGGAGUUUUCAGAUGAGCAGAAGGAGUCUUCGAAAAUACUUGCUAAUGACAACAAAGAGGGGGCUUUUUCCCAAAUUUCAGAAGAUUCUUUGAAACAAAAAUUUGAAGGAAUUGCUUCGUUUUCACAACAACAUGUUUUUAGCCAUUCACCUCAUGUGACAGAAGAACAUCAGGAUAAAAGUAAAGAUGUGCAGAUAAAUGAAGAAGUGCUCAGGAACAAACACUCACAAAGCAACACAGAAAGCAUUGUUAAUAAAUUACAAAAGUGUGAAUUUGAUUUUGCUGAUUCAGCUAGCAUUCAGACAGAAGAGACACCAAAAAACAGUAUUGAUGAAAAUGACUCCCAAUCACAGCUUUAUGCAGGAAUGGAAUCAUGCAAUGUAAGUGAAGCAGAGGUCUCAGCUGCAAAACCUAAAUCUAAAAUGGCAAUUUUUUCUUCUAUUUUUAAAGACAAUAAAAUUGAAAAUCAGGAUAAUCUUACAAAUAAAUCUGGAAAUGAUUACAGUUGGGAUGAUAAUCUGAAUAGUAAUUAUGACUCUCUUGAGGUUUCUGAACAGAGCAGUAUGGUGGAAAAACAUACUGAUAAUUUUGGCGAAGAUAAUGUUAAUGAAAUAUAUUGUAGUGAAGGGAAUCCUAUCACUCCAACACUAUCUGAUAUCAAACAAAAAAACAUAGUUCCUGCAAACAGUACAAGUGUUAACUUUAAGAAUGAAGAUACAGAAACAUUUUUGCUAAAAGAUAAUUCACUUGAUGGCUACAGUAAAAUGGACCACAUUGACAUCAAAAGUGACACACAAUUUGAGACAGACACUGACACAAAAGACAGCCAGUCCCUUCAAGGUAUCCAUCAUUAUGAUAGUAUCCAAGAAUCAUUUAACACAAAUGACUCUCAGCUACUAAUUGGAAAAUUCAAAGAACAUGAAGGGGAAGCUAAAAGUAUUACCUCCAUGGGUAUCCCACCUGGGGAUGAAACAAAAGAUAAUAAACAGUUUAUUAAAGAAGGACACAAUACAAAACAACUUAAAUGUGAAGCUGAGACUAAAAGUGAAACAGAUAUGUCACACGAUAGAAGUAGCAGUCUUGAAGAAGUUUCUUCAAGAAAAGAAAAUAUUAAAGAACCACAUAGAGAACAGGGAAAGAAAGAACACUGCAAAGAUAAUUCUCAGAGUGACAGACACACAAAGGAUGGGACCAAAGAACGUUCAAGAUCUGAAAAGGAAAUUACCAAAGAUCGAAGCCGACAUGACAAACUUCAAAAAGAUAGUAGCAAGGAACAUAUGAAACAUGACGACAGAAAGUCAAAAGAAGGAACUAAGGAUCACUCCAAGCGUGAUGACAGCAGAGAAAGAAACAAGCAAAAUGAGAGAAAAGAACGGAGUAAAAGAGAUGAAAGUAAAGAUAAACACAAACAUGAGGAAAGAAGUGACAGAGAACGUUCAAGACAUGACUCUAAAUCAGAGAAAGAAAAGAUAAGGGAUCACUCUCGCCAUGAUGAGAAAAAUGACAGAAACACGUAUAAAGAUCGAAAGGAAGCAGGUAAAGAUAGCUCAAGGAGAGAGAAGUCUAGAGAGGAUAAGUCUAGCAAAACAUCAGAGAAAGAUAAAGGGAAGCAGGAAGAAAAAAGCGACAAAUACAAAACUAAAAUAGAUGAAAAAUCCAAGAGUGAAAAGGAGAAGGCAAGAAAUGAAAACUCAUCCUCAAAACUGACUCAUCAGGACGCAGAACAGAAAGAAAAACAUAAAUCAGAUAGCAAACGAAGUAAAGAUAAAUAUAAAAGUGAUAAAACUAAGCAUGUCUCUGAUGGGAAGCCUAGAAAAUCUAAUGAUGACAAACCAGAAAAAGAAAUAACUAACAAAGAAGACCAAAAAGAAAAGAUGAGAGAUCAAUCUAAAACUGAGUCUGGCGAAAGUGCAGAAAAAUCACAUAAAGACAAACAAAGAAUUCAUGAAAAGAAUGAAAAAGAUAGGAAAGGUCAUGAUAAGAGCAGGGAAAGCAGUAGUAGCAGUAGCAGCAGAAAAUCUGAUAAGAAAAGCGAAAACAAAUCACAAAAAAAUGAAAAUAAAGAUAAAGAGAAAAAGAAGGAAAACAAGAGCAAAAGUGCACCGGAUGAUCAUUUUGUUCACAGAGACAAAAAUUCAGAAGACCGUAGGUCGACUGAUAGAGACAGCAAUGGUACUUCAUGUGAUAAGUCCCAGGGAAAGAGUACAGAAUCUCAGUCUUCACAAAAACAAGAGAAGAAAAGCAGUAGGCAUAGUGGCACUGGAAAAACAGAAGGUGGUGUCACUGAAUCACAAGAUACAAAUGCAAGAUCUGAAGAGUGCAAUGAAGAUGACUCCCCUUCAAAAUCACCAGAGUCAUCUCCAUCUUCCUUACUUCCAUUAAAAAAACGACCUCUCCAUCAGCAUUCUGAGAGCGAAGAGGAGUUAGAUGAGUAUUCAUGUAGCAAUGACUCUGGAAAAUUGGUACUGAAGUUAAAAAAACCAAAAAUUGCUGCAAACAUUUUUGAGAUCAAGAAAAUAAUGCAGCUACGAAAAUCAAUGGCCAAGAUAGAAAAUCGAAACAGAUAUCACAAUGGUAAGCACAGUGAAAUAAAGGAUCGGAGGGGGAAACAGCAGAAUGAUACUGAAAUCUUAGGCACAGCUGGUGUUAAAGAAGGAGAAUUGCAGUCCUCUGAUCCAGUGGGUUUCCAGGUUUCAGAGUGUGAAGAUGCAUUGACAAAUGAUGAAGAUAAAUUGGUGUCUCAGGAAGGUAUACCACUGCCAUCAAAAGAAACCGUACUGCAGAAUGUGAAGCAAAAUACUCAUAUGCAUACAGACAAUGAGACAGUUCCAAGUAGUGUUUUCAAGCCUGAAGAAGAAGAUUCUCCUAAUGAAGACAGUGAUGACCAUGAUAACAGUGAUGUAGAUGGUGAUCUCACACAUUUUGAACAAGCGUCAACACAACAGACAGAAAAUCUUGCAGCUUAUAUAAGAACUUAUGAAGAAAACCUUUAUUCAAAUCCUAUUUGUUUCACAGAUUGUAGUGACAGUGAUAAUGAAGAAACAUCAACCUCUCACUCACUUUCACAUUUGAAGUGUAAAGUUGUUAAGGAAAUAGUUGACAAAUAUGUGCGUCAGCAUUUUGGGUUUGAUAGUGACCUUACUGUUUCUGUAACAGAAGCAAAUAGUGCUGCUAAAACAUUGAGAUCUGAAGACAUCACUGGUGAAACAAAUGACAUUCCUACAUUGUCUAAAUCUAAAACAAAUACUGGAAAGGAUGUACCAGGUGGAAUUCCUAAAAAAUCAAGAACAGCAAUUGACAGUUCAGGCACAGCACAUUAUGAAACAAACAAGAACAUUGUAGAUAACAGCCAGAGUUCCUCUGAACUUAAUCAUGCCAAGUUUGAUGCUAGUGCAACAAGCAAGAAACUACCCAAAGGCUAUGUUCUGGAGUGGGUUCCUAUGGCUACCACAGAUAUAGAUAGUAGUGACAAUAAUGCAGUACAUUCUCACAAAAGGCAUUUUAAAAGAAAUGGUGGUGGUAGUGGUAAAACAAAAUCUACUGGGAACAUAUACAAGCAAAUAAAUACGGAACAAAAGGCAGAAGCAUGUGUUGAUAAAAUACCAUCUGCACCAUCAGAAAGUGCUCUCGAACGAGUUUCAGCACCUGAAGUACGUGAGACUCCACAUCUCAAUUCUGAGCCUGAUAACUCACAUGCUGUGAACUGCACUCCCAGCAACGGUCCAGAUAAUCGUUAUGUAAUUGCAGACUCUGAUGAGGAUGAAUAUGUUGGAGAUGAAAAGUCUAAUGUAGACAACAACAUUGACAAAAGCAGUUCAGAUGAUGAGAAAGUACCACUAUCUGCUGAUUUAAUUUUCCAUUCUCUGAGAGACUUGAUGCUAGAGAGUGGUAUGCAGAAACAGAUUUCACCAGAAAAAGUUAUUGGCAUAACAGAAAACCUGCCUAAACCUGCGUCAGAACCAAGACGCAACUUGUUAGGUCGCAGUAGACGACCUGGACUUGGCAGACCUGCUCCUGGAAAAGGUGUAGUAGUGGACAACAGUAACAGUCGGACAUCUACACCUGAUUUUGUCAUGCCACUGAGUCCCGAGAGUGAUGUAUCAGCAUCAUCUGGAGAACAGAACAAAAAAAUAGUGGACAACAGAGAAGCAGGAAACAUAGGAGAUGGUGAUGUGGAUACUGUGAAUUUGAACCAAGAGGAGUCUGAAAGCAAAAGAACACUGAGGAGUGCCACAACAGCUUAUCGUGGCCAACGGUACAGCAGUGAUGAAUUGUAUAAACCAAGGCCACUUUUCAAUGUAACUUCAAGACGUGCCAAAUCAAAACAACAGUCCCCACCACUACCUGAAGAAGUGACAGUGAAGAAGCGUCGGUCAACUGUUGAAGGAUGUGAAUCCUCUCAUUCUGAAAAAGGCACAUACAGAUGAUUAACAACUAGGUUUGAAUGAGUUUUUAUCCCUCAGAUUCCUAUUAAAACCAGGGUGAAAACUCACACAUUGUGUACUUAAACUGUAUAUUAGAGGACAUGACAAAUGUAAAAAGGUUAUGAGUAAGACAGUGCAGGAGUUUGUAUUGUACAUAGUAUACAUAUAGUAAUAAAAGACUGUAGAUUCUGCAGACUCGAGUGCAAGGUGAACAGAAUUGGACUGGAUGUAUGGAAAGAAUUCCUAGAAACACCGAGAUUACAGUUACAGUAGUUAUAAAAACUCAGUGUAUUGAAUGUUUAGUCUUUCAAAUCAGUAGCAAUUUGAACACUAAGAAAUUCAAGAAUAUUGACUGAUGUACAGAACUCUAUCUUUCAGUUGCAAUUCUACUUACUUUGUAUAAAUAAUUCUUAUUUAUAUACUUUUGCAAUGUGUCUACAUUCAUUUCAAAAGUUGGCACACCAGCAUAGUUUCAUACCACCAAUGUUACCAUUUUUGUUUUAUUAGCUGUGAUAAUUUGUACAGCAAGAAAUUUGCAGUUUUUACAUUUAUGACUGUGUAAAAUUUAAAUUUUACAGUACAGACUUUAUGUUCAUGGAAUUCUUGUGUUUUCAUUUCCGAAAAACAUGUUGUUUCUGUUUUUAUGCAACUGCAGGUUC